AUGGAAUUAUCCUCACGAGCGGAUGAAGGUUAGUUUCAUUUCACUUGAAAGUUUCGAAAAGCGCCAAAUUCGGUAGGUUUCUGCAACCUUUUCCGUCACUUUUUACUGGUACUGGCCCGUUUUCGAUUCUUGUUUGAUUUCCGUCUUCGACCGGAAAGUGUCGUGGCCUCGACGAGCGUAAUUGGAGUGGGAAGUUGUGUCACAAAACAUCGGCAGCACUCUUUUCAGUUAAUGUAUUUAGUUCAUAAAAUAUAAAUAGCACUGCUACCCGCAUCGAUGUGAAAUCCGAGUCAGCUCUCUUUUUUGUUGUGUUGAGUUCGAGGCAGAUUCCACAACAUGGAGAAACAAAACAGCAACAAUGCUUUGACCUCACAAAACCGUUUUCUUUUCUUUCGCAUACCUCAACUAGUUUUUUCCCGAUUUGUUGACGUUUUUGCGACAAACUGAAGCGUCCAGAUAACUUGCGGAACUUUUCUGUUUACUACGGUUUUUGAACUCUUCCGUACGUUAGUCAACUCUGAAAUCUCGAUAAUAGUUGCUAGACAACCCGCUCAUUUGUUCAAUUGAAUUUGAACUUUUACAUAGUCACUAACCUUUUUAUAGACAAGAUUGAGGCUUGAUGUAUAAUGAAAGUUUCUGGAUAUAACAAAAACAUUUUAUUUUCCGAGUCCGAACUAGUUGCAAAUGCCAUGUGCCCAUCCGUGCGCACAAAAAACCGAGCAAAGUGUCACGCGGAUUCCCUAAAAACACGACUGUGCCCACGAACGGAGCUCGUGUUAUGUUACUCCACAUGUCUCUCACUGAAAAAACUCUCCAGUUCUAGAGGAUGUUAUGUGGUCAUGUACGAGGUUUUCCAGCCCACUUCUAUGUAUUUCCCCCCGUCUCUUAUUUACGAGUGUGAGAACGCUGAGUGUGGCCGUGAACACAAUCCAUCAUUACGCAGUUUCCUCAAGGCGAUUUCAGAAAAAAAUAUGAAUGGGUAUAUUUUUUUCUCUGUUUUACAUUCAGAAACACUCAUAUAUGUGGCAUUUCUCAAAAGAGCUUCACCAAAAGUCUAGGGUUUAAUCUCAUUUUGAAGGGAAUUGCUUUCACAUAUGAAUAUAGCUAAUUGGUUCUUUCUGAAAGUAUCAACCACCUCAAAGUAAUAUUUUUGAUACUCGAAUGUGAAGCCAUUCACCUCGAGCAAACCAAAACUCUUUAUGGCUAGAAAUUGCUUUAACUUUUCUCUGAAAUCCCAAAAAGUGCUUCUAAAAUAUUGUUUAUACGUUUCACUCCCAUAUUUUGAAAAUUCAUGCAACGUUUUCCACGCUCACUGGCGCUUGAGGGGACCCUUCGCCAAAUAUUUUGCUGCUCCGUCUUUUCCUGUCUGUCUUUUGCUUGUGUCUGUAUGCUCUGCUUCCUUGCUUGCCUGCUCGAAAAACUUCACAAAUAGUACGCAGUAUAAAUAGUGGGAGGAACGAAAGAACGCCUCUUUUUCUCUGCCGGCGGCGAUCUGGCGACUGGGGGUCGGGGGUAGUUGCUCUGGCCCUCGGGGCUCCAGGCAUCGUCUCGUGCUUGCCGCUGUGCAGAGAGAAAGAGAAGAAGCAGGAGCGUGUGUUUGUGGCGCGGCGUCUCGUUGUGGUUCGCCUCGCCGAUUCCUACAAUACCUCUGCCAUCUCUCUCGUACUGCUGGGGGGUGUUUGGGUCGGUCACAAGGCACCCCCACCCAGAGACCCAUCCUCUGCACGUCCCACUUCUUUGUUCGUUUUCAUCCUCUCAAUCAUCGGCAUUAUCCCUUUCACUUACCUCCCCAUUUGCUGGCUUUUAAUCCUUUUUUGUUCGUUUCAUUCCAAGCGUUUCCCUUUAAUCCUUGAAUAAGCGGAAGGAAAUUACCAGUUGUUAUCAGUUGUCAUUAUUGACGGACAACUAUCGACAUCGUUUGCCGCAUCAACUGCCUGGAACGCAACAAAACGAGACCUGAUCGUGUGAAGAGGACGAUGUCCGAUUUGAGAUGAAGAAGCUGUCUGCUUUCAUCGACGCAACAACGUUUUCCCUGCUUUCCCCGCACGCAUAGGUAAUUUCCCUACCGUAAUCCUGUUUACUACCAGUUUGCAGUGUGAGAAUGUGACUCACAAAGCGGUUCUUACUACAAAAACGGUUUGCAUCUACAGUAUUCUCUCAUACGCACGCAAUUCUUGAACAGAUAAACAUUCCAGAGCAACUCGUGUAAUUGCUGCGCGUCUUUCUCUCAUUUACUAUUUCACACUUGGUCUUCUCUUAUGCUCCUUUUUUUCGUUCCUGGUACUCCAUCUAAGGACCCAGGGUGUACGUGUCUGAAAAAAGUGUGUGUUCAUCAACUCCGCUAUCUCAUUUUUUUUCUUUCUGGUGCGCCGCCGUCAUUUUUUUGCUGCCAAACUGCAAUGGAUGCAUGUGUUGCUUGCCCUGCGUAAACAUCACGCGCGAAUCAAAAUCAGGUCGUUCCAUCUUACGCCACAACCAACUGAGAAUAAGAGAACCCAUUUCGUUUCCAAAACUGAUGUGAGGUGGUUGAAAGAAUUGGGCAGAGGGGUGGAGACUUUUUAGACGGUACAGUCAGUUUCACAUCACUUUUCACACCGACGCGGGCAACAUGAUUUGUUCAGUUCAUUUAUUGAUUCUUCAAAUUGCUCGUUUCCAAUUCAACGCGAUGUAUUUCAGAAUCAAAUCGGAGUGAGAGCGGUUCAAAGCAGAUUGUGUUGAACGCAGGCCAACCGCCGUCGCGACGUCACUCGAUGACGGAGAAUCAGCGACAGAAUUCAGCGGGAAGUGGUGGUCAACAACAGAAUUCAUCUUCGUCGCCGGUCGGCUUUUUACAGGAAAAACCAAGCCAUCAACAGUAAGUCCAAUCCAUCUUGUCUGUUCCGCCUGAAUACAUACUCAAGAGUCGAUCAAAACAUUCCAUUCAAACAGUUGUUGUUUAUUUCGCUCCUUGCAAAGUCAUGAUGAUGUUCGCUCGUUCGUUCGUUUCGACUGCCACUCACACCACCCCCAGGCCCUCUCUUUUUCCACAUUGUACACGUUCGGAGCGUCAGAAAAGAGGGCGACGGCCGCCGCGCUUGUUUACCACUAGCGCCCACUUUAACCUCUCUGCUACCUCCGCCGAAUUGCCUGCAUCUAGGCUGCGCUGCGUCUUUCGUUGUCCUGUGCUCGCUCACCAAUAUCCGCAUGAUCAUAUGGUCAGUGACGAGGAGGAAAAUAGAGGAGCGGGACAUGAAGAAGGACGACAGGGUUCGUUUGGUUUAUAGCAAGAAAAACCCGACACUUGUGCGCAAAUAGUCAGUGAAAAGGGAUUUCUGAAAAAAACAUUUGUUCGUUUGAAGAAAAAUUGAGUAAACAAGUAGGUGUUCCGUUCGCAGAGACGAAAUGUUAAUGCUUAGUCUAAGAACUUGAACAAAACAAUUUCGAAAGUAAUUCACAGCAAUAGGAAGCGUUUCCCGAGUGCAUUUCGGAAGGGGAGAAAGUUUAGAGAACAUCCAACUCCAUGGAGCGCAUUUGCAUAAGGCAGGAGCAGGUGAAAUCUGAAAAUUUUCUGAAAUGUCUGCUUUCGCCCGAAUUCCAAUAUUUCGUACAUACUCCUUACUCCAAAUUCUAGAUAUUACUGUUCGUUUUCCCGUCGAAUGUUUCCAACCUUUAGCGAUUUCUUAGGCUCAAUUAUGGAAGAAGAAGAGUAUGUUUCCUUGUUAUUCGCUCUCUUUUGCUCUCUUUUUCUUUAUCCGCACGGACGGUGACGUCGGGUCACGUGAAUGUGUGUGGAAAUGUCACAGGAAAAAGAGAUUUGAAUGGAAAUGGGAAGAAGGUUGUCCGGAAAGAGAAAGAGAAAGAGAGAGAAGGAAACGAGCCUCCCAUGAUGUCCCUCUCGCUUUCUCUCUCUCUCUCUCUCUUCCAUUGAAAUGAUGACUGACUGAAUAACAAGUCAUUUGACACGAAUCACUCUGGAAAACUAAGAGCAGAAAUAAAUAGGGACUUGACUUUCUAAGCCGACUUUUUUCUGCAAACAAGACGCGUAUGUAUGCACAAUACUUUAUUGGCAAUACUCGUAAUCUUAUCACAAUUCGAUUCUCGUCACUAGCCAAAACGGUUACAAAAACAUUUGUGUUUACUCACUGCCCACACAUACUUGUUCGCGAAAUUUAUGUUUUUUGGGGAAAAGAUAUCACGUGGUACUUGGUACUCGUGCUCUCGAGCAAACAAAUUGAGCGAGAAAAACGCGAGAACAAAAAUGAAACCUCCCUGGAAAAAGCUGAAGAGGGAUCGGAAUCGGAUUUAAAUGUCGAUGAGAAAAUAAAAAUGUUUUUUUUUCAGUUAUCUGAGCGAGUUUCGAGUAGAGGCAUGUCCACUAUUCAAACAGCAUCAGUGUCAGCAACACCGACCGUUCACUUGUUUCAAGUGGCAUUUUGCAAAUCAGAGGAGACGAAGGUCGCUUUUCUACGGAAACAUUACAAAUUGACUGACUUUUUGUUGUUCAGGCCAAUAAGGAGAAGCGAGGGCUCAUUCAACUAUUCGCCCGACAUUUAUUGCGACAAAUACGACGAAAACACAGGAAUAUGCCCGGAUGGCGAUGAGUAAGACACUUCCGGAAUGAUGAUCCCAUGCGAACUCUUGCAGAUGUGUUUAUCUUCAUCGGGUAUCUGGGGACGUCGAACGAAAGUACCAUCUACGAUACUACAAAACCGCGCAAUGCGUGCAUCCAACUGACGCCCGGGGGCAGUGCGUCAAGGUUUUUUCUCAAGCCAACAAUCAGAUUUUGAUUAAAACUUUACUUUUUUACAGAACGGUGCCCACUGCGCCUUCGCCCACACAGCGAACGACAUUCGACCGCCAAUGGUAGCAAAGACAUCACCUAAAACCAGUUAUCAAUCGGUUCUUCAGUUCGACCAACACGAAGUUGGAUUUUCGACAGUUGUGGAUGGCGAGGGUCGCGAUAAGACCAGCUUUGUGAUUGAAGAUCCACAAUGGCACUGUGAGUUGCUUUUCCUGUUCGUAGAUUUCCAACGAAGAUUGGGGAAAGGAAUGUUCUCUGUCUAAUCUGAAUUAGGGAUGUUUUAUUCAAAGCGCAUUGUCAAACAUCAAGUGUGCACGUGCUCUUUCUCCCUGGGCGGCUAUUUUCCACUUCUUUCGUUUUCUGCUCCAGAGCCCCCUCCUUUUUUUGUGUGGCAUGUUAUUGCAUCUAUCACAUGACCAGCGUCAUGGCCAACUCUCAAGUUUGCGUGCUCUCUACUGCUUGCGAAGAACGCACACACAAUGGGCACGGAUGUCGUUGUUGGGUUGGUUGGCCAAAAAAAAAAUCGAAGGGCUGUGCGCUGCGGGGAUAAAAUGGGGGAACGUGACGGCACAAAGGCAACGGAAAAAACGGCAGCAGAAAAAAAAGUGAAUGGAUGGACGUGUUUUGUGCACGAUCUGCAGAUGGUAGUAAUGACAUUGAGACCAGGCAUUACCUUUGAAUCCGAUCGCAAUACCAAUAUAUUUAAGGGGACGUUCAAACGGGAUAUAUGAAUUCCACUUUCCGACACUCGCGAACGUCUGAAAUAGUUGCAGCACAAGACCACGUGCUAUCGUGCUACAAAACGGAGCAAUGCAGAAAGCCGGCACGGCUCUGCAGACAGGGUUAUGCGUGUCCCUUCUAUCACAACUCGAAGGAUCGCAGACGUCCUCCUGCACUGUUCAAGUACAGGUGAGCAGGAAAAUCACGAAAGGCUACUUUUCAAGUAAUGAAAUUACAGAUCGACCCCAUGCCCAGCUGCGAAAACAAUCGAUGAGUGGUUGGAUCCGGACAUUUGCGAAGCAGGCGAUAGCUGUCAAUAUUGUCACACUCGCACUGAACAACAGUUCCAUCCAGAAAUAUACAAGUCAACAAAGUGCAAUGAUAUGUUGGAGGUACAUUUUGAAAACAAAACUGUUAAUUGAUGAAUCUGUUCAGCAUGGCUACUGCCCGCGUGCAGUCUUCUGCGCAUUUGCUCAUCACGACUCCGAGCUUCAUGCGCCAAGAAACCCGUACGUCGGAAGCACCCAACCAAGUCCUAAGGAGCAGUGCAGCCCGUCUCCGAAUGGAUGUAAGUUUUCUCGGCUUUACUUUAAAACAUCAAUAUCUGUUUUCAGUCAGCAUUCCGACCGAACAACUUCGUUUUGACUCACCAAUCAACAACGGAACACAGAGCUAUUCAUCAGUUGUCAAACAAAGAACUCCGAAUCCAAUAAGCAAACCACCGGGCUUCUCGUCGUCGGAUUCAAUUUCGAGCAGCUACCCGAAAGCACCAGGGUUCGAGCGGUCGCCACUUGUCGGCAACUUUGAUGUUACUCAGGUACAUAUUUCGAAGAAAUUUAUAUCAAAAUCCGUCAAAUUUCAGUUCCAAGCACUCGGAGGUCGUGACACAAGACUUCGCACUCAUUCCCUGAACAUGGGACAUUUGGAUAUGUUGAAGAGGAGUCUGAUUCUCAACCAGGGACUGUCGGCUAUCGACCACAGCAAUCCAGCACUCACUUCCCACCAGUCUCUCUGCCGUUCUGACAGUGGAUUCAACGUCGUCAACGAUACUUCUCUGGCCACUUUAGAUGAGCUCAGCCUCGAACUUCCGCCAAUCGAAGAGCCUGAUCGCAGCCGUUUCAAUCUGUACAAUGAUGGUACUGUUAUUGUCGAACACUGUCGUGGAGCAAAACAGAUUGGAUUUUCAGUGCACGCUUCUUUGGAUCCAUACCCGAGGCAAUUAUUUGGUCAAUGUGAGCCAGUGCCAAUUGACGUAUUCGGCAGUCAGUUCGAUCCAAAUGUGGUUUGUCGGCAGUUUGAUGAACAAUUGAAGGAACGCAUUUUGCAGGUCCAGCAAGAGUACCAGCAAGACUACGACGACUACUCGAAGCCGAAAAGCAGCGACUACAACAACACGAUGGAACGGGAAAAGUACCUGCAGGAGGCGUGGAUCCGAAUGAGACAGACUUCUGAGAUGUGGCGGUACCGCUUCGAGGAGGAAUCCAUGGAGAAAAACCGAUUGAUCGUGGAGCGAAAUGGCUUGCUGGCGCAGAUUGAAUCUUUGAAGAUUCAACUGCAACAACAGUCGCCGUUCAUUCCACCAGUUCAGAUCAGUUCUCCGCUUUCCAUCAACUUGCCGCAAGAGAACUAUGAUGGAGGAAUUCGUCCGUCUGCCAGUCUACAGCAUAGCCCACCAUACAACAUUUUCGGAGUAAGAGACUUUUAGCGUAAGAGAAACUUUAAGGGAUUGAUCUCAUCAGAUCUUUGCAAAUGGUCCAAAAGCGCGGGCAUGCCGUCGAAAAACCAAGCCCUGUUCUUAGCUAUUCACAAAUCAAUUGACAAACAAUAUUUCUUGCAGGAGUUCCAAAACGAAUGUGACACCGGCGCUCCAGCAUGUGCUCGUUGCGGACGGGACCGUUCCCGUUCGGGUUCUGACAGUCAGAGCUCUUGCCCCGUCUGCUCCAACUAA